UACUGCCUCCACCCACGUGGACUAGCUUACCCACGUGGCAGUGAAGAAAGUUAUGAAGGCUGAUGUAUUUUACAAGAGCUAAAGGCUGAAUAACUACUUUGAUUACUAUUGGAAAAUCUGUACACAUUCUCUCAUUGAUCUCAUAACCAAUAAAAGCUUAAAUGGUGGACAGAAUUUCAGAAAGGACUGUCAAAGCUUUAAUCUCAAGAUGGUUUCGACAAGACUAAUUCUGACUACAUUGUGGUUGUUUCUUGUGUGUCCUGUGUCUUGGAGUUGUCUACCUUGCGAUCUAGUGACCUGCGAGCCGCUGCAUCUAUGGCAAUGUGAUGAUUACAGACAACGGAUUCUUGAUCCAAAAUGUGGUUGUUGUCCCGUAUGUCCGAAGAAAGAAUUGGAGCGAUGUGGAGGGGAGACUAACGACCAGUGCGAAACGGGACUAAUAUGCCGCUAUCGUUCUGGCAACAUACUGGGGAUACACAAGACAGGAAUGUGUGAACCAGAUCUGUGCAGCAGAAUUCAGUGCCCGUAUCGACAACGUUGUCGUACUCAGCGCAAUGAAACCACUCAAGCGCUGACUGUCGGUUGCUCGUGCCCACAGUACUUUCGGACUGGACUGGGACAUCGAAAAGUGUGUUCGUUUAAGGAGAACCCGUUGUGUGGUAAUGAUGGAGUUAACUAUCGCAGUCACUGUCACCUGCAGUGGGCGGAGUGUACGAUCAAGAAGGGAUUCAUCGGUAUCAACCACGAGGGACGGUGCGAACGCAAAAGAAAAGUGACAGUGGUGUCACAUGAUCCCGUGACCACACCUCCAGCAACCUUUAACCAAUCGAUAGAGAACAACACAUUAUCGGAGAGUUCAGCUCAGAACGAUUCACUCCACACUGAUAAUGACAUGGCUCCUUCAUGCACCUACAAUGGCCGUGUUUAUUCACCUUUCACAAUCAUACCAAUCCCCAAUGACAUCUGCAACUACCUGGUUUGCAAUUCACAUGGCGUGCUCUACAAUGCUCCAGUACCAGGCUGUGGAGAGAAUGCCCCAGAGCCCGACUACCGUGUCCAGUACUAUCCAUUCAGAGGCAAGUGGAAACAGUGGUCCGAGUGGACUCCCUGUGAAGGUGGGUGCUACAACGGGACCCAGAGUCGUUACAGGAACUGCACCAACCGGGCUGAGGGGUACAUGUGUGCGGGGGCGGCCAAAGAGACAAGGGAGUGUUUCCAUGACUACUGCAAUAUCACAUGUGACUACACCUGGUGGUCGCCGUGGUCACCAUGUUCAGUUUCCUGCGGUGAUGGAGUCUCUUUUCGCACACGAGAAAUCAAGAAUAAUCAAGCGGAGAACAUCACGUUGAAAGCAUGCACCCUGUUGGAGACGAAGCCGUGCCGCUAUGUACGAACCUGCCCCAUUACAACAGGUCCUUGCAAAAAAAGAACUUUAGGCUCUUCGCCUAAAAAUUUUGUUCAAGCUCCAAUGAGAAAAUACCAUCAGAAAUGUAUCACAACGGGGAAAUACGAAUACCACUAUUGUGGCGGGGAGUGUCAUGGCAAUAACGGUACUGACUGCUGCAAGCCAGUUCGAUGGAUUUACCCGGUCAAGGUGCAGCAAGUUGACUGCGGUUUCCCGUUCUACAUCCGAUCUGAGAUACCCUUUGUGGCCGAGUGUGCGUGUGUGGGAGAAGGGGGAGGAGUCCCACUGCCGUUCGAAGAAGGAACUUAUUUCAACCCUUUUCCUCCGUGGCGAUGGUGGUGACAUCACAUCAUGAUGUCACAAGUUACCACUCAUCUCAUGAGCACUAACAAUGUUUAGUAGAUUACAGUAUCAAACACUUGACAUUCUUCACAUUCAAAUCAUGUUAUUUUUACAGACAAAUAUUGCUAACUACAUUUCCUCCCAUUAUAACCUCUGAAAUUGAUUUUCAUUAUCCCUCAAGUUUGGCAAUCAGUAAUUGAUUCCAUUCAUUUUUUAUGGAAGUAUAUUCAUACCAUUGGUUAAUUGAAUUA